GUGUUGGAAAAUCAAAUUUAUCAAUACGUUUUACUCGUAAUGAAUUUUCACUUGAAAGUCGUUCAACAAUUGGUGUCGAAUUUUCAACGAAAGAAAUUCAAGUCGAUGGUAAAACAAUAAAAUUACAAAUAUGGGAUACUGCUGGUCAAGAACGUUUUAUGACCAUUACAAAAGCUUAUUAUCGUAGUGCCUUAGGUGCUCUAUUAGUUUUUGAUAUUCUUCAAAAAUCAACAUUUCAAAACCUUGAUCAAUGGUAUAAUGAAGUACGAGCAAAUGCUGGUGUCGAAUGUUCUAUUAUUUUAGUUGGUAAUAAAGUCGAUCAAGGACAUAUGCGUGCAGUUGCUUAUGAAGAUGCUAAACGUUAUGCUGAGGAAAGAAAUAUUACAUAUAUUGAAACAUCGGCAUUAGAUGCAACAAAUGUCGAACAAGCUUUUCGCAGUCUUAUUGUGGAAUUUUAUCGUAAUUGGGCAAUUCGGGCUAAAUCAAUGGCAGAUGAGUCACCACCUGGUAGUCCAAUAAUAAAACCACUUGUAAAAUCACCAUCUGGAUCAUCAGAUGAUACAAAUGAUAAAUCCUGUUUUGGUCGUUUUUCAUGUCAUCCUUGUUUUCCUAUUUGUUAG